UUCUCCCUUCUUUUUGCCCGGCUGUGUGUGCGUGCGUGCGUGCGUGUGUGCUUUUCACCCGUUUUGUGGGGUAUUUGCGCGUUCUGCAGCUUAAUAAUAAUGGUGCUUCAGCAGCAAGAAGCAGACAACCAGAAGGACACCGACGUCGUCCUUACCAGUGGCGGCGAUCAUCUCCUCUCUAGCCCAAUGUGUACUUGUCGUGCAUAGUUGUGUGAGUGCGUGGUGGAGUUGUUAGGGAAGCGCGAUUUAUUCUAGUUCGCGGUGCAGCAGAAGCAGCCGAAUGAUGCGAGGGUGUGCGCAUAGAUGAAGCAGGGAGUUAAGAAAAGGGGCCACCCCUAAACGCGGCCGUGGGGUGUGUAUUUUUUUGUUGUGUGUGUGUGCGCGCGUGUGUCUAGAGCUGUACAUGUGCGUCGUUUGCUGCUAGAGGAAAGGAUCCAUAUGCAGGAAUACGCGUGCACAGUGUUACAAUCUUAACCCAAAUGAAAAAAGACUCGAUGAACUGGUGAAAGUGAGUGUGUGCGUGUGUGUUUCAGUGUUUGCCAGUGGCACGACUCUCCCCGCCCCCACAGUAUACAGAACAAGAAACAGUGUGGUGAGACAUUCAUAUCCGGGGCCGUGUGCAUGUGCAACCGUGCCAGUGCAUCCUAGUGGUGGUUCCCCGUUUGUUUUCCCCCCGAAACCGUCCUCGCCACACACACGGGAUGUCGUGCUGUGAGGGCACACGGUCGCUUCACAAGCGCUACAAAAUAUCACUUGCCGGCACCGGGAAAGGUUCCCGGGCAGUGCCGGACCUGAUGCUACCGGCGGCUACAGCGGACGUGCGACCAGCACCGUCAUCAGCGUUAGCAGCAGCAUCGGAUGAUAGUAGCCGCGUGUGCGGCAUGGCGAUCGCGGACCUUACCACGCGCCACAGUGAUAGUAGUAGUAGCAGCAGCGGCAGCCACAGCGCCGCCACCAGCUGCCGUAGUACCCGCGACAGUGGUUUUAGUAUAAGCACUACCAAAAGUGACCCCCGGUUGAGCAGCGGCAGGAGUAUAGGCGAUAGCAGUAGACGAAGAAGUAUUAUCAGUCCCGCCCGCACACGCCGAAGGACGACAGUCCUGCGCCAGGGUGGCACCACGGCACAGGACACGGCCAGAAGGAAGCAGACCACCGUGUCGAGGCGGUUCGGGCGACUGUUGGUAGUUUUUGUAAGUAGUAUUCUGCUGCUGGUGCUCGCCGGGCCCGGCCGUGUUGGGGCCGUGCUGCUCGACACGGUCGGCGGCGUUGGUGGGCCGGGCGACGCGAAAGCGCCGGUGCAAGCGUUCGGCGAUGAGCUGGGCGGUGUAAACUUGGAACGGAGUAUAGCGGCCGUGUUUAGCCGCGUUGCUUACGGGUCCACCACGACAACGAAGCGUAGCAUACCGGACAACGUGUACGUGCCGAGUUUGACGACCGUCUCCACGCCGCUGCUGACCACGUUUAGGUACGAUAACAAGAAUAAGGACACGCUGGGUGGAUCGAGCCCUGGCGGUGGUCUGGGCGAUAAGGACUCGCACUACAACCAGCAGCAGAUCAGCGCUAACCACCGGAACUACGAGCUAGAUCUUGAGCGGGAUCACGUACUGCCAACGUCGGCCCCGAACGCGGAGAUUCUCAAGAGCAACAGUAAUCCGACCUAUCCGAACCCGAACCGCCAUCACAACCACGAUCGUCACCGGCACUCAAACUCGACGCCAUAUCCGCACGGUCACAACGCGAAAAAGGGCUUUCCAACCAACUCGAUGUUCUCAGGCGAUAUUCCAGCGUACUCGCCACCCUCGCGCACCUUCUUCACGCCUCCACUGCCCCGCAACUACACCAAUCCGUUCGCCGACAAGCCAACGCUGCGCGGUACGAACAGUGACAGCACGAUCAUCAACACGGGCACCUACGCAAACCGACGGCCGCUUCCACCGCCGAGCUUGAUGCCGGGACACGAACGAAUCCCAAUGCGCCCACCAGAUCUGGUGCCCGGUGCACCGGGAGCGGGUGGUCUAGGUGUGUCGCCGAACAACGCUGGAGGUUUGCCGAAGGUGGCCGGAAAUCCGGAAGCCGGUGGUGGCAUGAUACCGCCCGGCUCGUCGGGCCCAUCUUCAUCGCAAUCGAUGGAAGCCCAGCGGAAGAAGGCACUCAACACACCGUCGGAGAAGUCGAACAAGCUCGAUGCGGCCAAGGGUUACGAUGGCAAUAGCAAGCUGUUCCUGCUGGACGAGAACGCAAACUCGAGUGCGAUACUGCCGAACGGUAUGCACUUCCCGUCGAUCUCACGCAUUCUGUCCGGCUCGAACGGACGUCCGCAGAUGAUACCGGAUGUGUUGCUGCGGUCGGUAACGUCCGCUCCGCGCCCCAACCAACCGGCUUACGAUCUUGGCGGUGGAACCGGUGGUGCGACUUCGCUCAGCAAUGCCAAGAGUCCGGGAGGAGCGUUCGGAAACAGGCCAGUUGGGUUGGAUGGAGAUCGCGAUCGCGAUGGACUGACGAAUGGAGGUGGCGAUGGAGGAGGAGGAGGCGUUGGUCCAACUGGGGAUGGAGACGGCCGGCGUCACUUUGAGGAUGAUGAGGGAGAGAACGACGAGGAAGAUGAAGAUGAUGAGGAUGAUCCGUUUGAGGAGGGCGCCGCUAGACAGCAACCUGGCGGUGGUAGCACGUCUAACGUGGCCACUUCCACCGUCUCGUCAAUGCACGUCCAAUCGUCCUCUUCAUCACCGAUAACGCAACGGAUGCCGAAUCUUAACCUCAAGUCGGUCAUGAUCAAGAACGCGACGGGUGAGGAGGCUGGUGGCGCGGGGUACGGAAACGAUCGUACCUUCCCGGGUGAGAUAGCGGACUUCAGCACGUGGACGAUCGCGUGGAACAUCCACGUGUAUCUGUCAGCCAUCCUGUUCACCAUACUGGCCGUGUACUCGAUCUUCAAGAUCAUCUUCUACGACAAGCUGACGCACCUGUUCUCGCAGGCGUACUUCAUCAGCAUCCAUCUGAUCCUGAUCAUCAUCUGCCUGCUGCGCAUAUUCUAUCUCUGCUACGACGCGUACAACAUGCACUUCAGCUUCAAUCUGUUCGUGUCGGAGCUGCUGUUAAAUCUGCCCCUCACCUUCCUCACGACGACGUUCGCCGUCUUGAUUCUGUUCCUGUUGCUACGCUCGAUAAACCACAAAACGAACCGGUACAGCUCUAUCCUGAGACCGCUGACCAUCAUCAUCGGUUCGGUGGUGCACGUUACGCUGUGCAUCACGCUACAUCUGGUGGAAUCGUAUGAGACGAAGCAGUUCUAUCAUAAGCAGCAUCAGCUGCAGAGCAAACAGCUGCAGGCGGUCGGGGUGAUGGGUGGUGGACGCGGUGGUCAUGCACCGCCGACCAACAUCCAGAUUCCGCCGCGCGUUCUUUCGCUCAUCUGCCAGAUCAUUUACAUCUUCAUCUGUCUCAGUCUCGGCAUACUGUAUCUGUACAUGUACCGGCUGCUGAAGCGCAUCCUGCACAAAAGCCAGAACUACAUCCACGGGUAUAACAACCUGUCGUACGCGAUUCACAUCACGAUUGCGACGGCGCUGCUGUUCAUUCUGCUCGCCGCCCUGCAGAUCUACGGUGCCAUCAGUAUAAGCUCGCAGACGCGCGUCAAACUAUCGCCCAGCAGUGGACUCCCGGGAGAUGGUCCCGGUGGUCGACCUGGCGGUGGUGGAACACUGUGGGCAUCACACAUCGAGAUCGAUUGGUUCCAGUGGGGCUAUCAGUUCAGUAUACGGUUCAUUGAGAUUGUUAUCGUGGCGCUGCUUUCCUGGGUGACAGGGCUGAAGACGGGCACGUCGAAGGUGAUCCAACGCGAGAAGGACAUGGAGCAACCGAAUGCGAGUGGUUUUGCGCUUUUCCCCUGCACAUCCUCCUCGAGCCAGGAAAACUUCGAGACGGACUAUCCGGCCGUGUGCAAUACGAACCGGAAUCUGCACACCUACACGAUGCGCACCGGGAAACCCAUCUACGACGACAACUUCGCCCUGAACUCGCUCAAUCUCGAGCAAAACAACCAGCAGGACCUGCAGCUCGGUCCGCCGGGCGUUGGUCCUGGCAACGAGUUCCAACGAUCGCUCGAAACGAACAGUAUGCGAUCGUCCUCGCACAACUACAGCAACAACUACAAUGGCAGCAACAGCAACAACGAACACGGUCCCGAGCCGGGCGAUGAUUUCCUCAACGAAACGGAACCCAUGCCGGAUCACUACGAGAAUCCCAACUUUGAGCUGAAACAGCACCACCACCAUCAGCACAGCGGUAGUGGAGGUGCGUCCGCUAACCAGUACCACGACAUCAUGGACAACUGUUACUCGGAACCGAUCGGUGCACCCCAGUACGACACGAAAUCGCUCCGCGGACAGCCGUCCGGACAUCCGAUGGCACCGCCGCACCGGAAUUACGACUUCCAGAACUUCGAGCGGCCCAACUUUGAUCCGCAGCACAUGCAACCGACACUUCCGCAACCGUCCGCACUGAGUGCCGCCCAGUCAAUGGCACGCGGUGAGUUCCGUGCAUCGAAGAACCUGAAAACGCUCAAGAGUGGUCAGCUGCAGAACGAUCUUGGUGGUGGUGGUUCGAGUACGAUGGGCCACCAUCACUACAACCAUCACGCAAACAUGGUGGCACCGGGCGGAGGAGGAGGAGGAGGAGGCGGGCCGGGCGAUUCGUUCGAUCGGCGGAUCGGUGUGCGGAAGAGUGGCACGCUCAACAAUAUCGGUGCGAUGCACUUUAACCCGCACGGUAGCGGUCGGAACAACAACUCCAACUCGUCUGCGUCCUCUUCGUCGGCUUCUUCGAAUAAUCGGGCGAUACAGCAGCAACAGCAGCAGCAGCAGCAGCGCCGUGGCCCAAUGUCCGGCGCACAAACGCUAAGCUCCGCUGGCCAUCAUCAGCAGGCACCGCUGCCACCGCAUCAUCACCCUGCAGGACACGGUUUCCCGCAUCCCGGUAGCUUCAACGAUCGGCUGCUGAAUGGUGCGGCCGGCGCUGGGGAUUCACUCGAAAGGAUCGCUGCCGGCCAUGCCGGUCCGGAGGGUAACUUUGAGGACGGUGCUAGCAAUGGGUACUACCACAGCAAGAAGCGAUCGCGAGAAUCGUCCAGCUCGAGCUACACUGGAGGUCCGGUGCCGUACGCAACCAGCAACGAUCAUCAUCCCCAUCCGCACCAUCAUCCACACCAGGCGGUGGAUUCGUCUCCAUCGCCAACGGCCAGCAUCGGUGGUAGUGGAAACGGGACGCCCACUGGAGGAGUACCGCCCGGUAUCAACGGGACGACGUCCACCGCAACCGGUGUGCUGCCGGGUAAGAUGGAACGGGCCCAGGACAAUGGGAGCAUGCUGGUGGCCGAGCAAGGUUUCGUACGAUUCCGUGCGCUAGAGGAACCGACGUUAGGUUCGCGGACAAACCUGCGCGAUAAGGGUGGUAAGAUGUUCAUCAAUUCGUAAGGUGGGGUUGGUGUGGUGUGUGCGGUUGCUAGAAACCCGCCCAUUUGAAAAGAUUUCCCAAUCUGGUGAGCCACCGCUAAUUGCUACUUACAACUGGAACGCGGGAGCAGGGUGUGCGCGUUCGGUGUGAUGGGUGUCCGAGGGUGCUGUGCGUAUGUAAAUAGUUUGAAGAUGGGACAAAAGCAAAGGACGUGCAAGAACUGAUCUCCCUACUUGAGAGUGUGUAUGUUAGUGUUCGUGUGAAAGUGUGUCUCUCUCUCACUCUCAAGGUGUCUCUGCGUGAAACGAGACAUCGGCCUUCUUGGAUACAUUUCUUUUAACAAGAAUAAUUGUGUACGCUCUCUCACAUAAACACACACACACAUACGCGUGCGCCCAUUCGAGUUUCCUUGUAAAGGAAAUGGCGAUGGUGGCGCACUGCAGCAACACUAACUCCAUCCUGUCAUCUCCCAUUCCUGUGGGACGUGCUGGGAAUGCGAAAUAUGGGCUCAACAAAAAUGGCUUGGCCGUCAAUUAGAGACUUUUUCCGCCCCGCUGUAUAUGUGCGUGAGUGCGUGAGAGAGAUAGAGGGAGGGAGUACGGAGAAGCAGAAAGCAGAACGUUUCCAUGGAAACACGCAGGACUAACUACUAAGAAGAAUGGCUUGCCUACAUUUAGGCGCAAAUGUUAAAACAAACAGAGAAAAUCCAUUUGUUUUCGUUCUUGCAACAGCUUUCUCUAAUAUCAUCUUUGAAGCUUGUUAAAAGAACACACACACACAACAUAGAAAUUCACACACACACACACGUAAACUAAUUGUGAUGAUUUAAUCCGUCGUGUAUAUGGGAGGAUCCGUGUAUCAAGCAUGUGUUCGAGGAAGUGUUUUCUCAUCCCUUAAUUUUCUGCCCUCUGUGUGCGUGCGUGUGUAUGUGUACAGAAAAAAGCACUAAAAAAACAAUAGAAAUAUUAAUUUUCUCCCAAAAUUAACACCCGCUUUUCUUGCCAUAUGCCACUGUAAUGAGCGAACAAGAAGGGAUUGUUCGAAUGGACACACACACACACAAACGUAAAGUAAACCCUUUCACCCACCCCACCACCCUAAGGAGAAGGAUCAAUCCGCCAGCCGCUCCACUCCCGCAUGCCCUUCGCGACUGUCCGUGAUGUGAUGAUCGUGAUCGUGAUGGUGUUUUGUGCGCACGGACAAGGAAACAAGAAACGCUAGUCUGUUUUAUAUAAAUGUAAACUGUACAUUUGGACCUGUAUCUAUAAUAUCUAUAUAUAUAUAAAUGUAUAUGUGAAUAUCGUUUUAUUUUUAACAAAAACUAUUAUUAUUAUUAAAAAUUUACGAUUAAUUAUUAAUGAUAAUUCUGCAAGAGAAGCCGUUCGAGCGAGGUAGCUAAGUAAGGAGUGGUUUAUGUUUCAUUUGUCUUCUUAUCGUUUUCUUUUAUCACCUAAAAGCACACACAGAGAAAGUGAGAGUGUGUGUGGUGUUUGUGAGUUGUUUUAAAUUCGUGCUUAAUUUUAUAUGGCGCGACAAACUAGUUAAAGAACGAAUGAACGAAGACACUCACGGCAUACAAGGCACAAGGUGAUGAAUAAUAAGCAUUUAGCAGCAUAUUUUACUUUAAUAUAAUACACACACACAACACAUCGUUCUGUUGUGUAUUUUGUUUAAAAAAAACAUUCGUCCUUGUGUGAGUGUUCGUGAAGUAGAGCGUCCCCUCGAACGUGGCUGGAGGAGCGUGUGAUAGCGAUUGAUAGUGACGAAAAAAAGCUACUUAAUAAAAAAUACCGAAAAAUCCCCCCCCUUCGAAACUCGAUUGAAAGCCAAUGUGCAGACGUCCGUUUAGUUGUUUAAACUACUGCUAACAUAAAUAAAACAAAAAUGCUUAGUGUGUCUGUGUGGGGUCGCUGGUCCGAACUGAUUAUGAUGAAGCAGAAGUAUGUAAAAAGUUUAUGACAUUAGAGCAAACGAAAAGCUGGACCCGAUCACGAAUUUGUGUUUCUUCUUUCCCCUCCCUGUCUGUUGUCGUCUCACCGUUUUUCUAUGGUUUUCCUCUCCAUCUUCCCCCUCUCUCGUCUAAGCUGUGCAACACAUUUAAUAAAAAAAGACGUCAGGAAAUAGUUAAAAGAGAGAGAGAAGAAAAAAGUGAAACAAAUGUAUUAACUGAAAAUUAGAAACAACAAAAUGCAGCAGCACAGAACACAGAACAUAAUAACCCCACAAAGAAAAAAAAAACUCCCCAGCUCCGGGUAUUGGAAGGAUGGAAAAUAAAACAGGAAAAUAUAGAAGAAGUAAAAAGAAUCUGAGUAGAACAGAAAAAGAACACACAGACAAACAGCCAUAUAAAAAAAGGAAAACACACACACACAAUUUCUGCUAGCUGUUAGAGAAAAAAAGAAAGAGAGAGAGAGAGAAAACAAAAAAGAGAAUAAUAGACCUUCGACACGAAAUAGGUAAAUGAAACACGAAACAGAAACAAAAAAAAACCUGCCUGGAUUACUAUUACUGCAAACAAUAAAAAUGCAACACAAAAAGGACGCAGAAAGAAGCAGAAGAAGCAGAAACUUGCAAAAACAUUAAACAAAACCAAGCAAAUAGGAAAAAGCAGGACGAGCGGCGGACGUCGACACGCGGGACGAAGCGGGAGAGAAAACACAACAAAGCAGAAGAAAUAUAUAUAAAAAAGAAGGAAAAUAAAAGAAAAAAAACACAAACACACACACACACAAACAAAAGGUAUAUAAAUAUAAUUAUAACUGAUUAGAAGAAGAAGCGAAGUGAGUGAGUGUUGCGAGCGAAAAAUGUAAUGUGAUCGUUUAAAGCAGGAUCGCAUAUCGCCAGUAAAGUAAAAAUGUACUGGAAAAUGAUAUGAAAAACAGCUAGACAACACACACACACACGCUCGAUAACAAAACAAGUAAAAGAAAAAAUCGUUUAAAAGAAAGAG